AGAACCCACCACUGUAGAUUCAUAAGAUGUCUGCCAAUCAUGAGUUUCUCAAGUUAGUGAGAAAUUCCAAGUUUGCCCAAGUUGCAACUCCUCUCCUGAAAAACAUACGUGGGGAUUCCACAAUUCCUACCCACCAAAUCAUCUAUACACCAAAAAACAGUGCCCAAAGAUCCAUUUACGGUAUCAAGACUGCUUUACCUAAACAAGUCGGAAGUUCCUUCAUUUCCUUCAAUGAUAUCGACAACUAUACCGGAAUGCCAGAUGUUGAAAAGAACUCGGGUAAAUACUACAAGAUAAAGAACUUUCAAGAAAUGGGACUCGCUACCAAGAAUUUGUACUCUGAAUCAAAUCCAUUAUUCCCAGGACAAUCCACAAAGUCAGAACCUACCAACAGAGAAGAGACUUUGGUCAACUACUUAAACAUGAAUAAGCGAGUCUAUACCAGUGAAGUUCAAAAGGUCUUGCAAAAGAACCCGGGUAUCCACAGGGAAUUCAAGAAAUGGUUGGCUAAGAACCAUCCACAAGCAUUUGUUGCCCAACCUCUGCCCGCUGCUAUGGCUGAUUUGUUGAAAUCUUUCUUACAUGAAUCUAAAGCUGUCCACAAGAAGGAGUGGAAUUUACUUGAUUUUGGUAAGGAAGAUGCUCAAAUCCGAGUCCUUGGUAAUGGUGGGUUCAGUUAUAACCAGAAGGGAAGAUUGACAAACACCCCUAAUGGUAUCAAACAUGACGUUAUUGCUCCAGGUAGACUUCUUUCUACCAAGGAUGCAGCAAUUGGUGGUUUUGUUUCCCAUGCUCAUGACCGUUCUAUCUCAUUACAGUACAACUAUGCUAGAAGUUACCCAGGUAAGCACAUACUCCAAUUCUCUAUGCCAUUCAAGGUGAGUGAAGCUGUGGUUACCGAUGACGGUGCCGUCAGAGUAACAGCAGAAGGUGUCAAGGUUGGUGACUGGAUGAGGAAGCAAACUCACAGUUAUGCCCCUUCGAAUCCAAACUUCCAAUCUACUGCUGAAAGACACAAGACUGACACUGAAAGUUUACAAAGCUUAUUAAACUUAAUUCUUCCAAAUUAAGUACCUGUACAUAUAUUUAUAAAGUAAGAAUAAUACACAUCUAUUAU